AUGGAAUCAUAUCAGGAAAUGAAUAGUGUGAUGAUGGAAAUUUUAUUGCAUAUGAUGGAUGUUUUAAUUGUUAAUAUUAAUGUUAAAAAUAAUGCACAAAAUGUAUUAAAGGAGAGUGUUUUGAAUGUGCUACUUUAGGAUGGGAAAUAAAUCCAAAUGUAAUACCAUUUGAAUGUUAAGAAAUCUGUGGAGAUAGGAUAAUUGUUGGAAAUGAAUAUUGUGAUCAUGGAGUUGGAAUUUAUUAAAAUGAUUGCGUAAAUUGUAAAUUUGAAUGUAAAGGAGCAUGUUCUUCAUGUGAUUAUAUUAAUAGAAAAUGUAUAGAUUGUGAACUUAUUGGAUUCAAACCAUUAGCUUAUUUUUGUAUUAAUAUUUGUGGAGAUGGUUUAGUGGUAUCACAUCCAUAUGGGUUUUCAGAAGAAUGUGAUGAUGGUAAUACAUUCAAUAAUGAUGGAUGCAAUAGUAAUUGUCAAUUUGAAUGUUAUUAAGGAUCAAAGUGUAAAAUUUGUAGAUAUGGUAAUUGUUUAGAAUGUGUGACUGGAUAUAAUUUGGUAGAUGACUUAUGUGUUGUAAAUUAAGAUCCAUCUUGUAAUGAUAAUUUUAUAUUACCAUAUAAAGGAUGUUAAAAUUUUAAACCUAUGUGUCAAACUUCUUGUGAAUAAUGUGAUAUGUUUGGAAAAGGUUGUUUGAAUUGUAAAACUGGUUACAAAAUAAUUGAUUAUUUAUGUUAUUCUAUUUGUGGUGAUAAUAUAGUCACUAUUGAUGAAUAAUGUGACGAUGGUAAUAUUCUAUAUGGUGAUGGAUGUCAUUAAUGUCAAUUUUCAUGCUCACAUACUUGCAUUGAUUGUAUUAAAGGACGAUGUUAGGAAUGUAUAGAUGGUUUUGAAUUGUAUUUAUAUCAAUGUAAACCUAUUUCACUUCAAUUAAACAAUUGUUAAUUAUUAUGUGAUUCUAAUUGUUUGAUAUGUCAAUGCGGAAUUUGUUAGGUUUGUUCAAAUGGAUAUUAUUUAUCUUAGAAUAAUGAAUUUUGUAUUCAAUAAUCUACAUUCUUAAGUUAAUUUAUUGAUUAUUGUAAAAUUUAGAUAGACUAUACUUGUUUAGUAUGUCAAGAUUUAGCUUAUUUAGAUUAAUUUAAAUAGAUAUGUGUAAUUAUGUCAAAUAGUUGUGUGAAGAAUUGUCAAUUAUGUAUUGAGGAUUAUUGCAUAUAAUGUUAAUCAGGAUAUUAUGGAACUAAAUGUUUACCUUAACUUGGAGAAGGUAUAAUAAUUGGGGAAGACAUAUGUUAUAGUUCAGGAACACAAAUUUUAAAUGAUAAUUUUGAAUGUAAUCAUAAUUGUGAUAAAAAUUGUCUAAAUUGUUAUAAUGGAAGAUGUUAUUUAUGUUAGAAUAGAAGUUAUUUAUUUAAUAAUUAAUGCAUUUAAGAGCAUUUUCUUGAAAUUACAUAUGUGAAAGAUGGAUAUGCUCAAUGUGGAGACUCAAUACUAGGUAUGAAUGAAUAAUGUGAUGAUGGUAACAAUUAUAUAUUUGAUGGUUGUUAUGAUUGCAAAUAUUAAUGUGAUUAAUUUUGUGAAUAAUGCAUAUUUGGCAUCUGUACUUCUUGUAUUCAAGGUUUAAUUUUAAAUUCAAAUAAUAUCUGUGAGCCAUUAUGUGGAGAUAAUUUAGUUAUUCCAUAUUCUAAUGAAUAAUGUGAUGAUAUAAAUAACAGUAAUUGUGUAAAUUGUCAUUAUUAAUGCCAAUAAUAUUGUGUAGAUUGUAAUCUACUUUAAUGCUUUUAAUGUCAAAUUGGAUUUUAAGUCAACAUGAAUGAAUGUUAACCAUUUUGUGGAGAUGGAAUUGUUAUUAAUAAUUUUGAAAAUUGUGAUGAUGGUAAUGAUAUUCAAUUUGACGGAUGCUACAACUGUGAAUUUUAAUGUACAUAAUACUGUUCUAUAUGCAAUGAAGGUAUUUGCUCUGAAUGUAUAGAAAAUUAUCAAUUAGUUGAUAAUUCAUGUAAUCAAAUAUCUAAUAAUGAAGAAUAAGAAAAUCCUAAUGAUAAUGGAAAUACAGAUGAAAAUAGUAAUAUUGAUGAAAGUGGAAAUACAGAUGAAAAUGGUAAUACAACUAAUGACAAUAUAGAUGAGUAGAAUGAUGAAAAUAAUAAAUAUCCUAAUGAUAAUGAUAAAGGUAGUGCUGAUACAUAAAAUUCUAAAAAUAAUACGAACUCUAAUGGAAAGUCUGAUUCAACUAAUAAUUCUAUUAAUAAUAAUAAAACAAAUUCAAAUAAUCCGAACAUAAAUUAAGGAUUAUUAGAAUAAAAAAAUGAACCAAUAUUAUUUGAAAUGGCUUGUAGAAAUAAUGAAUGUGUAUUUUCUUAAAAACCACGUAUGCUACUUGUUUAUAUUAAUUAAAUAUUUUCUCAGUAGACUAUUCAUAUUAAAUUUGAUCAAGAAGUAAAAUUAGAUUAGACAACGUAAAUAAAUAAUCAAAUGUUUACUAUAACAAUCGCAAAUUUAAAUACUCAGGAUUAUAAAAUCAUAGUAGAGUCUCUUAAAGACAUAUCAUCUGAUUUACAAUUUAUUGAAUAUCAAGUGAUUAUAGAUAUAUUUGUAUAACUUGAAUCUAAACCAAAUCUAAUAGUUUAACUUGAUCAAGAAAUUACUAACUAAAAUAAUCAAACAAUUUCAAAUAAUAAUCAAACCAUAUUGCUUGAAAUACCUAAAAUUCUCUCUCAAAAAAACAAGCAAACCUCAAUAACUAUGUAAAAGUCCAAUAAAGGUUUUAUUAUAGGUGCUCUUUCAAUUGCAUCAAUUUCCUUACUUUCCGGAGAAAGCUCUAUAUUCAUUGAAACCUUCAAUGUACUUUAGUAUCAAUCGUAUUUUAAAUUUAUCAAUGUUGAUUAUCCUGAAAAUCUUUUCCUUUACUUUGAAGCUUAGGAUAUGCUAUCAGUGUAAUCUUAUAUAAAUUUCCUUCAGAUUGAUGAUUUUUUGAAAUUCAUCACAGGAUAUUAGAAUUAAACUUAAAUCUAAUUAGUUGGAAAAUUUGAAUUGUAUAAUAUAGAAAUUGAUCUUUUGACUAAUAUUUUCCCUUAAAUUUUUUAAUGUUUUUUGAUGGUAGCAUUUUUUGCUUGUGCUGGAAAAUUGUUUUAAUUAUAUCUUAAAUUAAGGGCAUAUAAAAAUUUUUUAUAGAUUCUCAAUUCCACAAAAUCUAAAAUCCUUACUCCUAUCCUAUCCUCAAUACUUAUGAUAAGUUACAACAUUAAAUUAUUUAUUAAAAUGAGAUACUUUUCUUCAUAAAAUUCAAUCAGAUAGCUUAUUUAAUUAAAUGCAUGGGAUUUGAUUUUUAAAAUAUUCUUAUCUAUUCAAAACCAUCCUAUUAACAAUUUUAGAAAUGUAAUUUCAAACCUAAUAUCAUUUCUAAUUUUAAUCACUUUUAUCAAUUUCAUUCUGAAAUCAAUUCAAUCCUAAUUAAAAAAUAAAAAUAUCAAAAAAAAAUCUGACAUUUAGUUUAUCACUUUAGAUAUGGUAAGGACAUCAAUAUUCCAUUUUGUUUUAGUAUUCUUCUAAAAAUAAUAAAUGUUAUAAAGUUUGCUUAUUUUUAUAAUCAAUUUAAGUUAAUGUUUGGUUAUUUUCAAAUACAAGUAAUGUUCAAAAGCAGAAAAAUAUGUAUCUUUGAUAAUUGAAGGAAUAUUAUCAAUAUUUACUCUGACAUUGAUUUGUUAUACGAAAACUGCUGAAAUGUAUCUUUCACCCUAAAAUAUUAUAACUUUAGGUUUUAUUCAUAUGUAUUUAUUGCUUUCCACUUUGCUAAUCGUUUUUAUAAAGCAAUUAAUACCUCAGGUUCUAAAGAUUUCUUAAUUAAAAUGCAAAAACAAUUAAGAAAAACGUGCUAGCAAUUUAUUAUUUUUUUGA